AUGGCGCCCCCGGCCGAGAUCUCCAUCCCCUCAACCAUCCUCUCGACUGGCGAAGCGAAGCCUUACACCUUGUACAAUAUCACCCUUCGCUUGCCCCUCCGCUCGUUUGUCGUCCAGAAGCGCUACUCGGACUUCGCCACCCUUCACCAGACCCUGACUUCCAUCGUCGGCUCCCCGCCUCCGAAGCCGCUACCGGGAAAGUCAUGGUUCAAGUCCACCGUCUCAUCGCCGGACCUUACUGAGCAGCGCCGACAAGGGCUGGAGGCAUACCUCCGCGCCAUUGCUGAGUCACCGGACCGUCGAUGGCGCGACACCACCGCCUGGCGCGCCUUCCUGAACCUCCCCAGCACCGGCGGCGGAAGCACCAAUACCUCGGCUGCGAGCGCGCAUGGUUUGAUUACGAGCGGACGCGCUGGGGCGGCUGACCCCACGACCUGGCUUGAUUUGCAUCGAGAAAUGAAGAGCAACCUCCAUGAAGCACGACUCAGUCUUUCGAGGAGAGAUGCCGCAGCCGAGAACAAUAACAGCACUGGCGCAGCAGAGGCCGGGGCAGCAGCCAAGAAGUCGCUGGUCAAGGCGGGCACGCUGAUAGGCAAUCUCACCGCGGGGCUACGGACAAUGCAGGAGACGGGGACUCUGGGUGACGGCGAGCUCCGGCGAAGGAGGGACCUGCUCGCAUCCGCCCGCGUGGACAGGGAAGGAUUGGAAAGGCUGAGCAACAGCAUGUCACAAGGCAACGGGCGUGCCGGGGGUGGUGCCCGGGAAGGGUGGGCCUCGACGGGGGAUAAGGCGGCAUUGCUCGGCGGCGCCGCGGGCAGCAGCAGCGGGGCGAGGACCGGCGGCCGGGUCCUCGGCGCACCGCUACCCGAGACGGAACGCACGAGGGAGCUCGACAACGACGGCGUCGUGCUCCUGCAGCGGCAGAUGAUGAGCGAGCAGGAUGAGCAGGUCAACACGCUCGCGGCGAUUGUCAGGCGGCAGAAGGAGAUGGGCCUACAGAUCAACGAAGAGGUCGAGUCACAGACCAAGAUGCUCGAUAGGAUGAACGAAGACGUCGAUCGGGUGGGCGGCAAGAUUGGCGUCGCCAAGCGCCGCAUCGGCAAGUUCUGA